GCAAUCAUUGUUUAUUACACAGAAAUCGUAUGCGAUCAUUUGUUCACUCAGUUGGCCGUUGGCCCCCGCAGUGUUCACACACAAGCGUGCGCGUCGAUUUCCGUUUACGAAAAAUAUACGCGCAAUGGGAAACUUUAAGAUUGUUGAUUUCAAUGAUUUAGAUGAAAUAGCGCAAACAUUAGUUCGAGAGGCAGUCGCAGUGAGAAAGAGGGCAUACUGUCCUUACUCCAACUUCGCUGUGGGAGCCGCGUUGAUCACCGAAGAUGGCUCCAAGGUGUACAACGGCUGCAACGUCGAAAACGCUGCUCUAGCGCCCUCCAUUUGCGCAGAACGUUGCGCAGUGCCUAAGGCAGUCUCUGAAGGUUACACGAAAUUCUCUAGAAUAGCUGUUGUGGCUCAACAAGAGGAGUUCACGGCGCCGUGUGGCUUUUGCCGACAGACCCUCAGGGAAUUCUGCGCGUCUGAUGGCGACAUGAUCAUAUACCUCAGCAAACCCAACAUGGAGAAAGUGCUGUGUACCAAACUAUCUGAAUUGCUACCAAUCUCAUUCGUUACUUAUAAAGAAAAUAAUAAAAUCGGUUAACUGUGUUGAAAUAAUAAGUGCAUUAAUUUAAAUAGUUUAUGUUUAAUUAACAUCUUAAGAGGUAAUAUUUACAAAGUUAUAUAACUUAAAACAAUACACACAUAAAUAAUUUUACUUACAAUACGUCGAGUGAAAAAUGUUAAAAUUGAAAAUAUAUUGCAAUACAAUUUGUUUCAUCCAGAGCGUUAUAUUGGAGCAGUGAAAAAGUACCUUUUCAGUCACAUUAAAUAUUUUGUAUAAAGUGUUCUCAACUAUAAUAUAAAAUGUCGCUUUUGUCAAUUAGCUACGAGAAAGGUGUCGUACAUAGGUGCCAAACUACAAAACUCAUUAUUUGUAAGAAUGCUACACCUUGAUCAAAGAAAACGAUCGCAAGUUUUACUUAAAUUACGCGACAAUUAUGAAUAUAAAAAUGCAAUAUUGGCAGUAUUAACAGUCUUGUAGUGCGUCAGAUUAAUUUAUUUUCAUAAUAGAAACAGGAUAGAAUAAAACAUAAUACUUGACAGAGAUAACUACUACUAACUAAUAUAUCUUAAAAUUACUAAUAAGAC